CACUUCCCGCUUAGAGACAACUAAAGCAAAUACCAUGGACGAGUCUUCUUUCUUUCAAUACUCAACGACAUCGGAAGUCUCGCCUGAGUCGUCAUUUUGCUCGCCGGAGCCGUACAGUUCCGUUUUCUUCAACUUCAACGACGCAGAAGAACUGCUUUGGAUGGAUUUAUUGGCUGAAGGCGGGCGACCCAAACCGGAACCCGAAGAGGUUACUUCCGAGGUUAAACAACCCGAACCGGAGCCCAAAGGGGAACGGAAUUACAGAGGGGUAAGGAAGAGGCCGUGGGGGAAAUACGCAGCGGAGAUAAGGGACUCAACGAGGAACGGCGUUAGGGUAUGGAUAGGAACAUUCGACAGUGCCGAAGAAGCUGCUUUAGCUUACGACCAAGCGGCGUUCGCUAUGAAAGGAGCGUUGGCUACACUCAAUUUUCCGAUGGAAGUCGUUAAGGAAUCGCUUGAAGAAAUGAAGUAUCGGUGCGAAGAAGGUUGUUCACCUGUCGUGGCUUUGAAGAAGAGGCAUUACUUAAGGAAAAGAUCAUCGUCGUCGUCGUCGACGGUGAAGAACAAGAGAAAUAAACGGAACGAGGUGGUCGGACAACAACAACAACAACAACGGAACCUGGUGGUGUUUGAGGAUUUAGGAGCUGAUUACUUGGAACAGCUUCUUAGUUCGUGUUGAAAACGGUGUCGACGACGAUGGGGUCGUGGUAUUUUUUUUUUAAUCUCAAUAUUUUGAUUCCAUUUCAGAUUUUCUUUUUGUUGAUUUCAUUCAAUCUUAGUGCAGUCCCAUUUUUUCCUUUAGGGGGGCUGAUUUCGAUCGGGGCUGUUAAAUCUUGUUCCAUAGUAUAUCUGAUUCUGGUUUGUUUUUUGUAAAGUUGAUCUUAAAAAAGAAGAAAAAUAAAAUUGCAUUUUGUUA